AUAAAGUAGACUCAGUAGAACAGCUGACUAUUUUUUUUAAAACUCACUUAUGGACGAAAAUGUCAAAAUUGUUUACGUUGCAAUUUUUGACAGCUUCAACCAAAGACUUUUAUGUCAAAUUAUUUGCCAUAUUUGUUUUAGUGGAAAAAAAUUAAAUUGUGUGUUGUUUUAUAAAAAAUAAAAAUAAAAGUGAAAAAACUUGAAUUUUGUGUGGUUUAUGUACUAAAAAAUUAUGAAAAGGUGUAUAAUUUGCAAGAAAAUUUCCAAAAAAGGAAAUGGGAGCUUUUUUAUUGUCCCCACAGAUGAGAGGAGGCGACGAAAGUGGAUGGAGGCUUGCAAGAUGCAACUCCCGGCACCUGCUUAUGUGUGUAUGGACCAUUUGUUUAAGUCUCUUGCCUUCAGAACAAAACAUCUAAUGGGAUUUUCAGCUGUUAUGCAUGAUUAUAGCAGUAACACUGCUACAUCGUUUAGUGCUGAAGAUCCAAAGAAAAUAAAAAAAAAAUGAUGAAAUACAUUCGGGUACCGAAGAAGAUUGACAAUUUAUGUUGUCCAUUCUAGAUGGAUCGGAUAAUAAACCAUCAAAAGAAAAUUAUUCACAAUGUACAAUAUUGAUACUACGGCUUGUUUAUUCAUACAAUGCUGGCGAUAUUUUAUAGUUUUCAUUUACUCUAUGAGGACUUUAAAUUGGACGAUAUUAUGCAUGCACAUUUGUUGCCAUUAGCCAAGUUUCUGCAUCAAUUGGCCUACGUAAUGCAAUUACAAUCUUAUACUUUUCGUCAUGCUAUGGAUUUUCCUUUGCUGGUGAAAAAUUGUUCCAAGACUUGUAUUUUAACCGAACAGCAUGGUUCUCAAAUGUCUUACAAGGAACUUUCACAGGUGCAAGCUCCUAGUGUUUUUAACCAACUGAAUGCAUUGCCGUAUAAUUAUGUGGAAGGUGAAGUGAGGCGUAGGGAUUUACGAAAUUAUGCCCUAAAUAAAAGUUCAAAUUAUUCGCAAAAUAUGAACAUAGUCACGGAAGACUCCUUAUCGGCUCGUUGUCCACCCUCUAAAAGUGGCAUAUCACAAAUGGAAGGUGCUUUAGAUGAUGGCAUGGAUAAUAUAGGUACCAAAUUCUUAAGUCUACGUUAUCCGGAUGAUAUGCGCAUAACAGAUAGAUAUUACACAAUCGCCUGGAACUUCUGAUCAUGAAUUUAUUGAGGAGCAAGAAAAACAAUUAUUUACAUUGUGCACUCGUACCAUUACUUUACCUUUGGGUAGAGGAGGUAUGUUUACUUUAAGAACCAACGGAAUCAAUGCCAAUACCAAAACUAUGUCUAACCAGCAAGAAACCUAUUAAAGGAACCACUGUUGAAAUGCAGCAAAUUGAAUUCCAGGCCAAUAUGAGUUUAUGGCCAACAUUUCAUAAUGGUGUAGCAGCUGGCCUGAAAAUAUGAUCAAAUGCACGGGAUGUACCCUCCACCUGGAUUGUUUACAAUAAGCCAAAACGACCAGCCGAGAAUAAGUGAAUAAGUCCAGAAGUAGUUUCCAUAUUUCUUGGAGAAAAAAUACUAUAUUUCUAUUAAAUGUAUGUCAAACUUAAAUAAAUUGCUGACACAUUUUUUA